AUGCCGCGCUCCUUUCUGGUGGACUCGCUAGUACUGCGCGAGGCGGCUGAGAAGAAGGCGCCCGAGGGCAGCCCGCCGCCGCUCUUUCCCUAUGCGGUGCCUCCGCCUCACGCCCUGCACGGCUUCUCGUCCGGCGCCUGCCACGCGCGCAAGGCCGGGCUGCUGUGCGUGUGCCCGCUCUGCGUCACCGCCUCGCAGCUGCACGGGCCCCCCGGGCCGCCCACGCUGCCUCUGCUCAAGGCGUCCUUCCCGCCUUUCGGCUCGCAGUACUGCCACGCACCCCUGGGCCGCCAGCACUCAGCCGUGUCGCCCGGGGUUGCUCACGGCUCGGCCGCCGCCGCUGCCGCCGCCGCCGCGCUCUACCAGACCUCCUAUCCGCUGCCCGACCCCCGGCAGUUCCACUGCAUCUCCGUGGACAGCAGCUCAAACCAGCUGCCCAGCAGCAAGAGGAUGCGCACCGCCUUCACCAGCACGCAGCUGCUGGAGCUGGAGCGCGAGUUCGCCUCUAACAUGUACCUGUCCCGCCUGCGCCGCAUCGAGAUCGCGACCUACCUGAAUCUGUCUGAGAAGCAGGUGAAGAUCUGGUUUCAGAAUCGCAGGGUGAAGCACAAGAAGGAGGGCAAAGGCAGCAACCACCGUGGCGGUGGCGGGAACGCCGGUGCCGGCGGGGGCGCACCGCAAGGUUGCAAGUGCGCGUCACUGUCCUCAGCCAAGUGCUCGGAGGAUGACGAAGAAUUGCCCAUGUCUCCGUCUUCUUCGGGGAAAGACGACCGGGAUCUCACGGUCACUCCCUAGACGUGUGACUCCCCAGGUCUCCUACCCCAGGCCCUUCGUAAGCCUCAAAGACGGAUCCUCGGACGCCGCGGCCAAAUGGCGACCGCGCACGGAUUUGGCAACGCUUUGCAGAGGCCUCCGGCCCUGAGAGCUUGGCAGAGACACUGGUAUCCCCAUCCCAGGGCCCGUGGCAAUUCACAAUGGACUCCAAGCAGUGAACACUGCAAGAGCCCGAGUCCUUCUCAGCCACGCGGCAUAGCGGCCUCCGCAGGCACGCAGCCCGCCCAGCGCCUUGCUGGCCUUCAGCACCUCCUCGCCUGCCCUCUCUGAAUUGGUUCAGGGCUCCUCGCUUCCUCUACUCUCCCCCAACCUGGGUCAAGCCCAGCCUUUCACCCCUAGGAUGUCUGUUC